UAUAAUUUCAUCACAAUUCUCCAUUUUCCCUUCUCUCUCUGAAAUGAACGGCCAACACACAUCCAUUCCGAUCUCCGACGACUCAAAGACGCCACUUCUAGCUGCCGACGACGACCCUCAAUUCCACCGGUCGGGCAGCUUCCGAUCCACGGUGAACUCGAUCUUCACCCUAAAAAACUUGUAUGUCGUUCUCGGGCCGGUUCUAUGCGCUGCCGUGUGCAGCUUCAUGAAGCUGGAGGGGUCGUCCCCCGGGAGCCGGAAUAUGCUGGGGGUGCUGGUGUGGGUGUUCACGUGGUGGCUAACCGAAGCGGUGCCGAUGCCGAUCACGUCGAUGUCACCGCUGUUUCUGUUCCCGCUGUUCGGAAUCGCGGCGGCGGACGAGGUGGCUCAUAAUUAUAUGAAUGAUGUGAUCGCGCUGGUUCUUGGUAGCUUCAUUCUUGCCCUCGCCGUUGAGCAUUACAACAUUCAUAAGAGAUUGGCUCUCAAUGUAACUCUCCUUUUCUGUGGGGAGCCACUGAACCCACCACUUCUUCUUCUGGGUAUCUGCGCCACCACUUUCUUCGUCAGCAUGUGGAUGCACAACGUCGCCACCGCCGUCAUGAUGAUGCCCGUCGCCACCGGAAUCCUCCAGCGUUUUCCGGCGGGACCGUCCCGUUCCGUUGCCCAGACCAAGUUCUGCAAGGCCGUGAUUCUAGGGGUCACUUACGCUACCCCCAUCGGAGGAAUGAGCACUCUCACCGGCACCGGCGUCAAUCUCAUCCUCGUCGGAAUGUGGAAGAGUUACUUUCCGGAUGCCGAUCCUAUUAGCUUCAAUACUUGGAGUUUCUUUGCGCUGCCAAUGGCUCUGUUAAUUUUCUUUGUGUUUUGGGUCGUCUUGUGUUUGAUGUAUUGCCCCAAAGGGUCUGGGCCUGCGCUUUCCACGCAUCUUGAUAAGACACAGCUUAGGAGGGAGCUGAAUGCGUUGGGGCCUAUGGCGUUUGCUGAGAAGACUGUGGUGGCUGUUUUUUCGAUUUUGAUAUUCCUGUGGAUGACGAAGAACAUCACUGAUGACAUUCCUGGUUGGGGAGCUCUGUUUGAUGGCCGUGCUGGUGAUGGAACUGUCAGCGUGAUGAUGGCAACAUUACUAUUCAUAAUCCCAAACCAGAAGCAAGAAGGAGAGAAACUAAUGGACUGGAACAAAUGCAAGAAGCUACCAUGGGGGAUCAUAUUGCUACUAGGAGCAGGCUUCGCCAUAGCAGACGGUGUGAACAAGAGUGGCCUAGCAGACAUAUUAGCCAACGCAUUAAACUUCCUACACAAAGCCCCAUACUUAGCAGUGGCCCCUGCAGUAUGUCUUAUAAGCAGCCUCAUAACAGAGUUAGUGACAUCAAACAACGCCACCACAACACUAGUGAUCCCAAUACUCAUCCAAAUAGCCAACACAAUGCACCUCCACCCACUCUCCCUUAUAAUUCCUGGUGCCAUUGGCGCACAGUUCGCCUUCAUGCUGCCCACAGCAACACCUUCCAACGUGGUUGGCUUCAGCACUGGCUACAUUGACAUACCUGACAUGAUCAAGAUUGGCUUGCCUUUGAAGAUCGUUGGCAUUGCUGCUGUCUCUCUUCUCAUGCCCACACUUGGACGUUUUGUUUUUGAGACAGAUAAACCAAUGUAGUGACUGCCAAAUUUGAAGGUACUUGUUCUUGAAUUUUGAGAUAUCAAUCACAAACAAGCAUAUAUAUAUAUAGAUACACAAAGUAUGGACCUCUGGCUUUAUAGCUAUGUAUAGAGAGGGAAAUGGGAUAGCCAUUGUUAUAUAUUGUAAGGAUAUGGAAAUGUUCACUUGAAUAGUUGCAUUAAGUCACAAUGCAAUCUUGGUUUUUGAAGUUUUGUAUCCAUGUUAUAGAUUGAAAGUGUUCUAUGUAACUUCUUUUCAAGGUUAAUAUAGAUUUUUUUUUUUCCUUGUUA